CUCGCGGCCGAAGCGGAGAGUGAUGCUAACAAACAUGGCCAAGUGUCUGUUUUCCUUCGGCGUCCACGGGACUUGUAGUGUUUUUGAGACCUAUCCGAGACUAUGACCCCCCCUUGAAAACAAUUUAGCAGCCCCCCUCCCCGAGCUCCCUGUUGCGUAAAAGAACUACGAUUCCCGUGGAACUGCGAUCAAUUUUCUGUUAAUGUCAAUAUGGCUGCUGUCAGACAGACAAAGGCAAGUCAGUCUCGUCUCCAAGCGAAAUCAAAUUAGGUGGCGAAAAGAAGGCGGCAAGGCUGUAAAACAGUUGGCGCAUGUUCAGUGUCGGGACUACGCGAACGGAUUUACUUUAGGACUAAUAUAUUAUCCCGUUAUUAAAUGGUGUGGUGGACGGAGGCCAUAGAUCCACAGACCAAGAAUGUCACACUACACGGACGAGCCACGCUUCACCAUCGAGCAGAUCGACCUGCUGCAGCGGCUGCGGCGGACCGGUAUGACCAAGCAGGAGAUCCUGCACGCGCUCGAUACCCUGGAUCGCUUGGACCGCGAACAUGGGGAGAAGUUUGGCCGGCGGCCCGCCUAUGGAGGGGGCGGGGGCGGGGGCGGGGGCGCCGCAGCAGCAGCCAGCAACGCUGCCUCCACCUCGUCCGCCACCCCAUCCUCAAAUAACACGCCGGCAUCUUCCUCCACCGCCACUGCAGCCACGCAGACGCAGUACCGCGGUAGCGCCGGCAGCCUCUCCCCUUCACCCAGCAAUAGCUACGACACCUCGCCACCCCCGCCGCCGGCCCCGGCCGCCGUCUCCCUCGCCGUGGUGACCCAGAACGGCCGCGACGCCAUCUCCGCGGUCCCCAAUGGGAAGCUGUCCCCUCCUCGCUACCCGGUCAACAGUGCAGCGGCGCGGGGCUACGGCUUUGAGGCCACGGAGGAGGAGCUGGACAUCGACGACAAAGUGGAGGAGCUCAUGAGGAGGGACAGUAGCAUUAUCAAGGAGGAGAUCAAAGCCUUCUUGGGCAAUCGUCGGAUCUCCCAAGCGGUCGUGGCCCAGGUCACAGGUAUCAGCCAAAGUCGGAUCUCCCACUGGCUACUGCAGCAGGGUUCAGACCUCAGCGAGCAAAAGAAGAGGGCCUUCUUUCGCUGGUACCAGAUGGAGAAGACCACCCCCGGGGCCACGCUGACCAUGCGGCCUGCCCCCAUGGCAUUGGACGAGGUAGAAUGGAGACAGACGCCUCCCCCAAUCAGCUCCACACCCGGAAGCUUCCGCCUGCGCAGGGGAAGCCGGUUCACCUGGAGGAAAGAGUGUCUAGCUGUGAUGGAGAGCUACUUCAACGAGAAUCAGUACCCCGAUGAAGCGAAGAGGGAGGAGAUCGCCAACGCUUGCAAUGCCGUCAUUCAGAAACCAGGGAAGAAGCUGUCUGACCUGGAGAGAGUCACUUCCCUCAAGGUCUACAACUGGUUUGCCAAUCGGCGAAAGGAGAUCAAGAGGAGAGCCAAUAUUGAAGCAGCAAUCCUGGAGAGCCAUGGGAUAGAUAUGCAGAGUCCAGGCGGUCACUCUAAUAGCGAUGACAUCGAUGGCAACGACUACUCCGAACAGGGCUGCGAUGUCACCUAUUUUGAAAAGAGACCAGCCCCCAGAUCCUUUGGUUUCAACAGAAUUGACCUGUCAUCACCCACACAGGAUGACAGCACCAGCCACAGCGACCACCAGGACCCCAUCACGCUCGCCGUGGAGAUGGCUGCCGUCAACCACAGCAUCCUGGCGCUGUCCCGGCAGGGGGGGGGCAGCGGCGGCGGCGCUGGCGACAUUAAGACAGAGGUCCUGGAUGAUGACUGAAGGGGCCCCGGCAGUGGAGUGGGCAGGGUGGGGAGGGGUGUGGUGUGGAUGUGUGCGUGCGACAGUGUCCGAGGUCGAGCGAGCGUGCAAUGUCGCCUCACGGCAGACGCAUUCUGUAAUGACCAAAUGACUAUGCGUAAUCCUUAAAUGUUAGAAGCUGUCAAUCCUUAAUUAACCCCCCCUGUUUUAUGUCAAAGGUGCCCCUAGUUGCCCAUGGCAGGCACCCUCUGCAGGUUAAAUGUCUGUAAACCAGAAACAUAUAUGCUUGUGUGCGUUUUAACUAAACGAAUAUUAGGUUUUUACGAAUUCCUCCGUACCUCCCCUAGGCAAUGGGUUGUAUGCCUUCUUCAUUCUUCUCUCCUUACCCAAAUGCCUGGCGUAACAAACAACUGUGGACCCCCCCCCGCACCCCUGUCACUGUCCCCAAAACCCAUUCCACUCCCCCAUCCCCCCCAUUGCGUGGGAGGGGCUAAGGGAGAACGCCCCUUCUCUCUACCUCUCUUCCUGUUCUCAGAGCAGCAGUAUUAUUUGUUGUCGUUCCUCCCCUCAGUGCUGUGCUAGCUAUACUAGACACAAGAUGGCAACCGUCAUAUCUCAACAGGACGCGGUACGGUGUGGUGCGUGUGGGGCAGCCUUUAUCUCAGAUGGUCUCCAAAGGGGGAAGGAGAAUAGCCUGGUACAGAGGUUAGGGACACAUUCGUGUAUUAAUGCGUUUUUAGUCGACUGUCUGUAAGGAAACAACGUGAGCACUAUAAAUCUUUAACAUUUCUUUUUAUGCCCUAUUUUGCAUUCCAUUAUCCAGCAAAACCUGUGAAAUACUACAGGGCUGAUUUGCCAAAAUACAGACUAGAGCUGUUCACCAUUACUCCAAUCCCCAAAUUAGUGUAUUUUAAAGAAACAGCAAGGUCCUGGUGUGAAAUGGUGAAAGGGCAGGGAGGAGGAUCUGUGGGUUUGUGAGAUAAUAUCAGGUCAGGUUGGUAGGGCAGAGUCCACCAACUGAGAGAUAAUGGUGUGACCAGCGAAGCCACUGGGCAGGGAGGCGACUACAUCUGUCACAGCCACUGCAGCAACAGCGGCAGGAGGAGCAGCGCUGUGUACUCCAGCAGGCCGAGGAGGAGCGCUGUGUAAACUCCGUCAGGCCGAGGAGGAGCGCUGUGUAUACUCCGUCAGGCCGAGGAGGAGCGCUGUGUAUACUCCGUCAGGCCGAGGAGAAGCGCUGUG